GCCUACUUUCUGGUUGGUUAAACCUUACAUCAACUACAAAAUACGACCUUCUCAUUGGUUGAAAGGCGGGGCUAGCGCUGAAUGGGCACAGGAAGUGAACAGCGUGAGAUUGCACUUUGACGUUAGACGCAGACGUUAGCAGUUUUAAGUACCUUAUUAGCGUUACUCACUUCCUUUGAACAAAGAUGGUGGAUUCUCAGUAUUACCUCCCCAAUGACAUUGGGAUCUCAGCUCUUGACUGCCAUGAGGCCUUUCGUCUGCUGUCACCUCGGGAGAAGAAGUAUGCCCACUAUCUGUCACGGGCCGCUUGGUACGGUGGUCUGGUGGUGCUACUGCAGACAUCUCCAGAGUCUGCAAACAUCUUUGUCCUGCUGCAGAGAAUUUUCAGGAAGCAGACUCCAGAACAGCUGGAGGACGUUGCUAAAGCAGCUGGUCUGAGCUCUGAUGAGUACCAGGCCUUCUUAGUGUAUGCUGCUGGUCUAUAUGCAAACAUGGGCAACUACAAGUCUUUUGGAGACACCAAAUUCAUUCCAAAUCUACCAAAGGACAAGCUGGAGGCUCUGGUGAGGGCCAGCCAAGCGUUUCAGGAGAAUCCCACUGCGAUGGAGGCUCUGUGGAACAGCAGCUCAUGUCUGAUUUACUCCCUGGAAGAGAGACAGAAACAGCUUGGGCUGGGCAAUAAGGGGAUUACUACAUAUUUCUCAGGAAACUGCUGUCUGGAGGAUGCUGAGCUGGCUCAGAGGUUUUUGGACUCAAAAAAACUCUCUGCUUAUAACACACGUCUGUUCAAGAGGGACAAUGGAGGAAAACCCUGUUAUGAGGUGCGCUUGGCUUCGGCUGUUCAAAAAGACUGUGCGGUUGAUGGGGAGUGUGAGUCGUCCUGUGGCAGCUUCAACUUUGAAGACAAAGAGUUCAUUGUUAAGCGGGGAGACUAUAGUCCUCUAAUGGAAAAAGUUUGCCAUUACCUUCAACAAGCCCAGGCCUAUGCUGCUAAUGAGAACCAGAAGAAGAUGCUGGAAGAGUACCGGCGCAGUUUCGAAUUUGGUUCUAUCGAGGCCCAUAAGGAGGGAUCGCGGUAUUGGAUCAAGGACAAGGGCCCAAUUGUUGAGAGUUAUAUAGGUUUCAUCGAGAGCUACAGAGACCCAUUUGGCUCCAGAGGAGAGUUUGAAGGAUUUGUUGCCGUCGUGAACAAGGCGAUGAGCGAGCGUUUUGGAAAGUUGGUGAGUUCAGCAGAAGUCCUGCUUCCCGAGCUGCCCUGGCCCCAGGAGUUUGAAAAAGACAAGUUCCUUAAACCUGACUUCACCUCCCUGGAUGUUCUCACGUUCGCUGGGAGUGGAAUUCCAGCUGGGAUUAACAUCCCAAACUAUGAUGACAUCAGGCAGUCAGAGGGCUUUAAAAAUGUGUCACUUGGGAAUGUGCUGGCUGUCGCCUACGCCACACAAAAAGAAAAACUCACCUUCCUUGAAGAGAACGACAAGGAUUUGUUCAUUAAACUGAAGGGGCCAUCCUUUGAGGUGCAGGUUGGUCUUCAUGAGCUCCUGGGUCAUGGAAGUGGCAAGCUCUUUGUCCAGGAUGACCAUGGCAAAUUCAACUUCGAUCAGAGUAAGGUGGUCAACCCAGAGACGGGGGAAAAGGUGUCCAGUUGGUAUCGGGGCAGUGAGACCUGGGACAGUAAAUUCUCCACCAUUGCUUCUUCUUAUGAAGAAUGCCGAGCAGAAUGUGUCGGCCUCUAUCUAUGCCUGAACAAGCAAGCGCUGAGUAUUUUUGGCCAUGACGCACAGGAUGCUGAAGAUGUGGUCUACAUCAACUGGCUGAGCAUGGUCAGAGCUGGACUUUUGGGUCUGGAGUUCUACACGCCUGAGAGCAAGAGCUGGAGACAGGCUCACAUGCAGGCCCGAUUCGUGAUCCUGCGUGUUCUGCUGGAGGCGGGAGAAGGCCUGGUGGGCUUGGAGGAGGUGACUGGGCAGGACGGCAAGCCCGACGCACGAAUCACACUGGACCAGAGCAAGAUCGGCACUGUGGGCAAGAACGCCAUCCAUAGUUUCCUCUGUAAACUGCAGGUCUUUAAGUCAACGGCUGAUGUGGAAGGUGGCAGGGCUCUCUAUGAGGGUUACUCCACUGUCAGCGACACGGGAGCUCACAACUUCCUGCGUCUGCGUGAGACCGUGCUGCUGCGCAAAGAAGCUCGCAAAAUGUUUGUUCAGGCCAACACCAGAAUCAGUGGGGAGAAUGUUGAGCUGGUGGAAUAUGAAGGCAGUGCAGCAGGUUUGAUUCGCUCCUUCACCGAACGCUUCCAAGAUGACGCAGAGCAACUGGAAGCCACCCUUUUGGAUCUGAGCAAAACAGAUGCCUCCUGCUGGUGUUGAUGAAUGAUUGGCUCCACAGGUUUGAAAAGUAACUAUGAAAGUCAGUUGUUAUGUACUGAAAAGUCAGAAAGAGUUUAGAGAAGGCUGUGAAAACAUCAAUUCUUAAACCAAGUAAGCUGUAGGAAUCAGUUUUGUUUUUUUGUUUUUUUUGCAUUAUGUUGGAUUUUCGAAGUGUGCUUGAUCAUAUUCAGGCAAAUACAAAUGCACUGAUUUGUAAUGCAACAAAGCUCUUUGUAAAAGGCACUCGGAACACGUUUUCUAAUGAGAAGUAUAAGAUGCGACCUGGAAAUGAAACGGAUUCUUAAAUAAGGUUUUCUUUUGUCAUGGCAUUUGACAUUCUGUACCUGAACUGAUUUUGAUGGUUAAGUUGUGGCUACAAAUAAAAACGAAAUGUGUCUGA